CCUGUGUGAAUUGUAUUUUGUGUCGUGCAGCUGAAAAAGAAAUGUUUUGAUCUAAACCAGAAGAAAUAUCAUCAUUUCCAGUAAAAAGUUGAAGUCUCUGAGCCACAAGUGACCAUUGCAGAUGUAUAUCACCAUUACGCCAUUGAUUAGUGAAUGCUGAAUUCACAGAAAGAGCUUGGUGGAUCCAAGGAGAUUUGUUCUGAAUUCUUCAAAUUGGGUCCAAGGAAUAUAAACUGAUUGAAUCCGCUCCAUGCUACGCCGCUUCUAAUGAUUGACCAGACUUCACACUUUCAAAGAUAAUCACUUUUCUCCAGAGACUGAAACAGUAUACCUCAAGGAUUGAAGAGACAUGGCUGUUCAGGGAGUUGUCAGACAACUGAGAGAUUUGGCCAAAGAUCCACAGAACAGGGAGAAGAUUGUAAAGGAUCAAGGUUGUUUACCUGGCUUAGUUUUAUUCCUGGACAACGAUGACCCUAUUGUUGUGUCAACUGCACUGGAGGCUAUACAGUACCUAUCGGAGAGUUCAGUCGACCGUCCACUAAUGAAGAAAGAACUUGGAAUGCUGGUUAGCCUAGAAGCUAUCACAAACAAUGCUGACAGUGACAUAAGGAGCAAGAACCUCGCCCGUAGCAUCCACAAUCGACUGACUGCCCCACCCACCCCCGGCCCCUUGAAGGAGAGUAGUAACCCCAACAUACCCAAGGGGAGCAGGGGCGGUGGAAUGCACCCUGGUAGCAAGUUCUUUGUCGGUACUAGCAAGAAAAAAAAAUCGAAAAUCCUCACACUACAGAUUAAUGGCCUUAUGAACAUUGAGUGCCGUAGAUCUUGCGAAGAAGAGCUGUUGAAAGUCAAAGGGGUUGUUAGUUUCACCUUUGACCUUUUGAAGAAACGUUGUGAGCUGAGGACCAGAAUAGACAUGAAACCAGAGGUGCUUAUUGCUGCCAUUUCAAGGACGGAGACAAUGUCAGCCGAGCAAGUCGUUAAGAAUGAACAUGGUGAAGAGGUGAUCCUAUCCUUCGGUGCCAACCCAGCCAUGGCCAACAAGGAGAACAGCCAUCACAGUCUACCAGACUACCUCCCGGAGGACAACAGUCCUAUCAGAGGGUGCCACAACAAAGCCAUCAAGAACAUCGACCAGGGUGACGAGGAGAGGCGAGGUAGUUGGAUCGGUGCUGCUGCAUCAUUCAUAUCCACCAAUUUCUACUGGUGAUGGGUUAGAGAGUCAAUGUCGUGAACUUUGUACUGUGUGACCGAAGGGUCGAAGGUCAACUGUGUCUGUAUUUGUUUCUAUAUGUGUGUGAUCAGGGAGGCGUUUCACAAAACUUGUCAUGAGUGACAAAUGACAGUUUUUGUUAUAAGCUACUGAAAUCCUUGCUUCUGAUUGGUUAUAAGCAGAUUUUGUCACUGAUUUUAUCAUUUGUCAUUGAAAAAAGGCUUUGUGAAAUGGGCCCCAGGGCCACAUGACGGAUUCUCAUGACAUUUCUACUGGUGAUCAGUCAUAAGGAGUCGAGUCUGCCAGUGGAAUCAAUGCUAUGAUUGUGAAUUUUCGAUUAUCAGAUUAUGGGUUUAAAGUCUUUAAAAUCCUUUCUUUAUAUUAUAUUACACAGUUUUCUUUGUCUCCAUUACUUUCCACUGGUAAUGGGUAUAAGUACGAGUAGAGUCAUCAUGCCACAAACUUGUUAUUGUCAGACCAAGGUUCAAAGGUCACUUAUUUCUUUGCAUUUGUUAUGUUGGAUCAUUGCCUUGGCAUCUUUUAUACUCCACUAUCUUCUACUAGCGAUGGGCUGAGGAGUUGAAAGUGGAAAUUGUCACACUCAUAAGGUCAAAGGAUUUGUUGUUGUUUUGUUGGUGGUUUUUGUUUGUAAUUAGGACCAGACCCCGGGGGGGGGGGGGGGGG